AUGCCGGUCUUUGUGACAAUUGACGUUGUUUCAUUGGUGAUCCAAGGUGUGGGUGCUGGUACAGCCGGUGGAUCCGAUUCGGCCAGCGACGCCCAGAUUGGGUCACAUAUCGCUGUGGCAGGUGUGGCCAUUCAGCUCUUUGGCUAUGUGAUGUUUAUGCUUCUUUUCCUAUACUUCUCUUAUCUCCAAUACAGAAACCCAGCGCCUGGUAUUGAGCAGUUCAAAUGGCUAAUGAUUGGGGUAUUCUGCUCCAGUAUGUUGAUCAUCCUCCGUUCGGUCUACCGUGUGGUUGAGCUGGCUAUGGGCUUUGAUGGUGUAAUUAACACGACAGAAUGGGUACUGUACGCGUUUGAUGGAGCCUUUGUCUUUGUCGCCGUGGCAAUUCUCAACAUUUUCCAUCCUGGCAAAUAUCUUCCCAAGGACUUUAGCUGGAAGUACAAUCCUGAAGCCUAUGCUAGGCCGGAUGAUGAAAAGGGUAUACAUGAAGAUGCGGAGGCGAAGAACGAUACCUUUGAUAAUGCCAUUGCUCCUCCAAUUGAUGAAAAGAAGAUACACGCAAAGGAUACGCAACCACAUGCAGGACAAGAAGAUCCAUGA